AUGUGGCUUCGUCGACUAUCCAGAGGCCAAAAAGGCGAGUCUGACGAUUUCGAUUCCCCGACCUACAUUGACCAGAUGGACUCGCGUCGUUCAGAUCCAAAGAAGUCAACUCAGUACAGCAGCCUCCCGAAUACUCCUGCGGCGGCCCCUCACGACAUUCCUUACCGCAAUACCUCUCAGGGUCCGUCCGACGCCUCCUACGCUCAACGUCCUCACUCGGUCGACUACGCUGGCAUCAUGGAGAAGCCGUCGCUCACUUCGACGCCCUCCAAGGGCGCCGGUCCUGCCCAGGCCAUGCCCGACUUGCUCACUCAGGCUUUCAAUGCCGCCGUUCGUCCUUAUACGGACAAGGUGGAGCAGCUUGAGACCCAGGUUGCCGACAUGCAACUCUGGAUCGAACAGCUGGAGACUCAGCGAUCUGAGAUUCUCUCUUGGAUUGACAAGCGCGGCUUCCGACCUGACGUUCCCCCAUCCAUUGCCAAGGUCAUGGACGCCCAGCCCGAAGCCGCUCAGACCCUCAACUACCAGCUUGACCGCAAGAUUUCCAUGGUCGACUUGGACCUCCACCGUCUGCAGGAUGACCUGAAUGAUUCGAGUGGCGCCUCAUACAUUGCCGCUCAGGCCAUGACCAAGUUCCUGCCCGACAUUGACCGUCUGUCUGGCCUGUCGCGGGGCUCGCGCUUUGCCUUUGACCUGCUCAUCAAGCUCGCGGGCAACCUCAACUCGCACGGCGGCCUCGAUGCGUCUGACGGCUCCCAGGAGACCCGUCGUGCCUUUUACGAGAAGCUCGACCUGUCCAUGCUCGACGUGGUCCGUCGCCGUCUUGACGACACCAACGAGGACUGGCCCGUCGUCCGCGACGUCAAGCGCAUCGAGAAGACCGCGGCCUAUCUCCGCAACUAUGGCAUCGAGCCUUACUUUCCCCGCUCGCUCGAGCUCAUGCGUCGCGAGAUGGAUGCCCGCAGUGGUGGUAGUGGAGCCGGUUCCCUUUAA